CAAACACCCAUCAUCGUGUCAAGUCAUACCAAGUAGCAGACCUUGACAUCAUCCAUCAUAGCAAGCAAGCCUCCAACAUGGCCAUCGACCUGAUCCCAUCCAUCCCCGUGACCUCCGCCGCCAAGGACGUCAAGCGUGCCCCUCUCGCCAACCGCUUCGACGACUUGGUCCUGGCGCUGAAGGAGGCCCUUGGCCCCUCGUCGGGUCUGACGUCGGACGACGUCAACGUCGAGUUCCUCACACGCCUCAUGACCAACUAUGAUAGCCAGCCUGCCGAGUGGUCCCGGUAUGCCUUUGGCGACGCCAGCAGGGGCUACACUCGUAACCUCGUCGACGAGGGCAACGGCAAGAGCAACCUGCUCGUCCUCGUAUGGUCUCCAGGCAAGGGUAGCCCGAUCCAUGACCACGGCAACGCCCACUGCCUCAUGAAAAUUCUGCGUGGUGGCCUGACCGAGACUCGCUACGCCUUCCCGGAGGAAGGCGAGCCCGCAGGCCCCAUGAAGGUCAUCUCGGAGAAGACAUAUACAGAAAACGCCGUGGCUUACAUGGCCGACGAACUUGGACUGCACCGCAUCUCCAACAACGGAAGCGACUUCGCCGUCUCGUUGCACCUGUAUACUCCGCCCAACGUGGCCAAAGAGGGAUGUCACAUCUUCGACGAGAAGACGGGCAGGAGCAGCCACAUCCCGGGCUGCCACUACUACUCAGCGUAUGGCCGGCUGCUGAAGUAGUAGGGCGUGGCGUCGAGGCGGUCCAGUAUCCUCGAGCCAUGGUGGCUGUAUCGGCGUUGAUGCAUUCGUCCUUUGAUCUUGUAGCGAGUUUUGUCCUUUCAUUCCGUUUCCUUGUGUUGUCGAGUACGGCGAGCCUGACGAGGCUUCUCGGCUGGCAGUGUGGGGCCCAGGCAUAAGCGAUGGCAAAGAGGCCAAGUGCCGGAUUUUGGCAACGAAGUCAUGAUAAAUAGGGUACAAAAUGAA